GAAACCUCUCUUCUUACACUUUUCAGAAAAUUUUCAUUCCUGCAAACACUGCCACCCUGAUCACCCCUCUCUCUCUCUCUACCAUAUAUUUACUUUGAAUUUUAUUUACCUCCCUACGACUUGUCUGCUCUCAUCUAGGUUUGGUGUGGUUGCGGCCACUUGCUCUCUUCUUCUCCACCCACUUCUGAAAAAUGGGCAGAACUCAAAAUUGCGCCUGUUGGCACAGAAAUAGACAUCUAAUCAUUUCCAUCUUCCUACUCUUGGUUUCAAGCUCGACCCAUCUGAGAUUCAUGGCUGAAGGUGCUAGACUAAUUUCAAGCAAGCUUACUAAGGCUGCUCCGAGAGGUCAUGUUCUUGAGGAAAAUGAAGCUGGGGUGGUGGUCAACGCACGUCAAAUAGGAUCAAGACCACCAAGGUGUGAGAGCAGGUGCAGUGCUUGUGGGCAUUGUGUGGCAGUUCAGGUCCCUGUUUCCCCACAAGUCCAAGGCCACAAUAAAAUCAGAAGCCAUGGCAGCCUCCCUGCUUCCACCAGAACAAGCCCCAAGAAUGUAGCUUACUCCAGAGGCGAUGACAUUACAAAUUAUAAGCCUAUAAGCUGGAAAUGCAAGUGUGGAGAUUUGCUUUUCAACCCUUGACUGUUUUUGAUCCAAGUAUUAGCCCAUCCAUGUUUAAUCUUCCAUUAUUUGGUAAAUAACAAUUAUGAAUUGUUAGAGGAAAAAAAAAAACAGAAAAACUUUUAUCUGCACACUCUUAUGAUGGUUUCUUUCUUUUUUCUUUUUUUGGGUUCUUCUUGGUAUUUUUGGUGUGAAUGUGUUCUGUACAGAAAUAACAGUUGCUUAUUUCUCCAUUUUUUGCAACUGAAUUUUUAGUUAUAGUU